AUGCCAACCUCCCCCUCAGACCCAGAGACGAGGAAGGAACCAUCAAAGGCAGCUGGUCGACCCGCGGCGCUGGUACAAUUCGAAUGUCCCGACUGCGGCAUACCAUCAUAUUGCUCGGAGGAACACUGGGCAGAUGACUAUGAGUCGCACAUGGAGAUAUGUGAUACCCUAAGGCAGAUCAACGAGGAUGAACACGAUCUGCGAUCUGGACGAUUCUUUCCUGAGUUCGAGUAUCCUGGCCCACAGAUGGAAGAAUUCUUGGUAAACAUGAGUAAUUGGGACACAUAUCUCUACUCAAGAGAAUACAGAGCAAUCGACGACGAGCGGUCUCUACGACAGGUUACACGAAUGCUCACAUAUCCCCUUACCAUAGGCAGCAUCUUAUCUGAAUUAAGCCCCUACACUUUGAGCAAGGAUAAAAGGAUCACGUAUGAAGGACUUCGAAGCUUGAGCGCUCUCCGUUAUCACCUUCAUCAGCCUAAAAGGGGCGAGGACAAUACUGUCUCGGGUCUCAAGGUAGCACCGCCCCCUAUGCGUAUUUUUGUCAUUGGUGCUCGUGCAGAGUCUUCGUUGCCAAGGGACGUGUGGGAACAACUUCCUCUGCUCUUUAAUCAGCGGGCAUCUUUCCACGUCAUACUCAUUGGUCCGGAGAGCAUGGCCAAUCGAGACGCGGAGUUUCCGCUGCCAGAGCGCUCCCCUUCUAAUCCAUUUGGAGCAAUAGUUGAGGGCGGGCUUGGACCUCAUUUGAAGAUCAGAUAUACGGAGUGGGAUAUGGAGCGGGAUAGGAAAUGGGUCGAGGAUAGGGUUAAGGGGGAGAUGGAUAUUCUUAUGACACCAGGCGAAAACAAGUUCCGGAGUCUCAGGUGGGAUUUGAACGACCUUGACCCGACUGACGUGAGUUGCGGCAAUUGGGGGGUCUGGGCGUUCAGAGGCAAACGUUCACCAAUACAUUUCCUCCCUCACAGCCCACCUGCACACGCGCCCUCCUUGAACUACAAGCACAUCAAUUGGCAUCGGUAUGCUUACAGCCUCUACGCGACGGACACAGCACAUCUUUGCAACGCGGUCAUGGUUUUUGAGGCACUCUCACGCUACGGCAGUAAAGCAGACCGGCUACUGUUCUAUCCGGAGGAAAAUGGAUGGGAUACGGAUAUCGCCGACCCCAACGACCGCGACUCCCAGCUCCUAGUCAAGGCGCGAGAAUGGUAUAACGUGCACCUUCUUCCGACUGAAGUGGGCAACCUUACCUAUGCCCCUAACCAAAGCCAAGACGAGCGAGUCAAGUUGCGACCGGACGCGCACGCAAACAGGUGGGAAGGCGGGUUGAUGAAAUUUCUUGCCUGGGGCCAGACGCAGUAUGAGCGUAUAUUGCACCUAGACGGCGACAUGACGCUGCUGCAACAUCUAGACGAGCUAUUCCUUCUUCCAAAAGCACCGGUUGCUAUGAUGCGCGCGUACUGGAUGAUGCCGGAGCAGCAGAAGCUCACAAGUCUUCUCGUCCUCCUGCAGCCCAGUGAGAAAGAAUAUCUACGGCUGAUAGACGCAGCGCAGCCUGCGAAGAGACCACCUGGGCACUACGACAUGGAAAUACUGAACAGAUUCUAUGGGGAUUCGGCGCUUGUGCUACCGCAUCGUGGAUAUGGAGUGCUUAGCGGGGAAUUCCGGAAAAGUGAGCACCGAACAUUCUUAGGUAAUGAUGAGGGCUCGUGGGAUGCUCAGCAGAUAACGCAAGAAGGAGCAAAGCUUGUCCAUUUCUCUGAUUUUCCGCUUCCGAAGCCGUGGAUAAUGUGGCCGCAUCUCCUGAUAGGGGAAAUAAUGCCGAAAUGUAAAUACAAGGAGACUGGAAUUGUGGAUAAUUGUAAAGAUAGGGAAGUCUGGAUGGGUCUCUACGACGACUUUAGGAAGAGGCGUAAAGAGAUAUGUGCAUUACUUUCUGCUCCGGCCCCCGACUGGCCUGUCAAGAAUGCUACUGCAAAAGAUGACGAGUAA